UUGAAAGGUGCGCGGGACUGUGAUCAAGUUGGAACUUAGAUUUGUUUCGUUCUUUCUUUGAUUUUUAUUUUACUCUUUCGGUAGUUCUCGAAUUUGCAUAUCGUGAGUUUUUAGGACUGGUUCCGGACUAAAGAAUAGAAAAAAAAAUAAAUGAAGAGUUUUUGCGCAUCCGUUUUUGUAAAUUUAUUUCGCAAUUUGGAAUUAGUUUCACUGCAUCUUCGGAACUAACCAAGGAGAUCAUAGUGUUACGAACCUAGUAAAUUGCUAGCGUACAUAUCAGUUUCCAUUUCGGAAUUUUUGUACGAAUAAUGUACUGAAGUAUUUUAACUAUCUACCAACAAGAAAAUUAUCUUUUUCCAUGCCACUGAAACUGAAUUUUUUCGGCGAUGAAGAGAGAGUUUUUAGUGGCCAAAUCCUCCGCAAUCUGUCACAAACUUCUUCAGACGGAGGCGAAGAAAAUGAAUUAUUUUUGAAGUAGAAAAAGAACUAUUUUCGAAAUUUUUACAGCCAUUUCUCUACCUUUCGAUUCCGUUGUCAACAAGUAAGAGAAAGAUGCAUCUUAUCAACAUCUACAUCAUCUUUGCCGUGAUCUUUGCCAUCAUCAAUGUUUCCAGAGAGCAAAGCACUACAGUACCUAUAGAAGGCAUUGGAAAUUUGGACUUAAAGUCUGAAGUCGUCUCUAAUCCAUUGAAUAAUCCCUCUCUUCAACCUCCCAACACACCAACAGAAACAACAAGCGAGGGAUCGGGUGAGAAGGCUCGUGAAAUCAAAAGAUACCCAGUCGCUUCGUUUGAUUUCGAACAUGUAGCAGCCCCUUUCAUUAUAACAGCAUGGAUCUUCGUCGCAUGUGGUGCCAAAAUAAUAUUCCACGUAACUCCGAGGUUGGCGAACCUCUGCCCAGAAAGCUGCAUGCUGUUAGUAGUUGGUGUGAUCCUUGGACUGGUGCUAUUCCAUAGCGGAAUGAUAGUCGGUCCCCUGACGCCAACAGUGUUUUUUCUCUUCAUGCUACCGCCAAUCGUCUUCGACGCUGGAUAUUUCAUGCCAAACAGACUAUUUUUUGACAAUAUCUUUUCUAUUCUUGUAUAUGCCGUUAUUGGUACCGUUUGGAACACACUGAGUAUAGGUGUAUCCUUAUGGGCUAUCGGUUUGACUGGCAUUUUUGGAUACGAAGUAUCUUUGAUUGAAAUGCUGCUGUUCAGUUCAAUCGUGUCCGCUGUCGAUCCUGUUGCAGUAUUAGCUGUAUUUGAAGAAAUUCAUGUGAAUGAAGUCCUCUACAUCAUAGUGUUUGGGGAAUCGUUGCUGAAUGAUGCAGUUACAGUGGUGCUGUAUCAUAUGUUCGAAGGCUAUACCGAAAUGGGUAUUCCCAAUAUUCUUCCAAUCGACUACUUCUCGGGAGUGGCCUCCUUUUUUGUAGUCUCCGUUGGAGGAACAAUGAUAGGAAUUCUCUUCGGACUGUUAACGGCAUUUCUCUCUAAGCACACGACUUCGGUGCCAGUCAUCGAGCCCAUGUUUCCAUUUAUUAUGGGAUACAUGUCCUAUCUCUCUGCAGAAAUGUUCCACCUCUCUGGAAUACUGUCUCUUAUCUUCUGUGGAAUCACAAUGAAAAAUUACGUAGAGGAGAAUAUAUCAGCCCAAAGCCAUGUGACUGUCAAGUACGUUACGAAAAUGCUAGCAACAGCGUCGGAGACAAUAAUCUUUGUAGUCUUGGGAGUCUCUACAGUGAACGACAACCACGAAUGGAACACUUGGUUCGUCUUCUUCAGUAUUCUGUUUUGCACUAUUUAUCGAGCCAUUGGCGUGGUUGUACUGAGCGCUUUUCUCAACAAAUUCCGCCUUCACCAAUUAAAUGGCGUGGAACAAUUCAUCAUGUCUUAUGGAGGACUGCGUGGUGCUGUGGCUUUUGCUCUUGCUUUAAUUAUUGACAAAAAAAUCGUUCCAAGUAAAGACAUGAUGGUAACAACUACCAUAGCUGUUGUGUAUUUUACAGUAUUUGCUCAAGGCAUGACCAUAAAAUAUUUUGUGCGGAUUCUGAAAGUUCCUCAGAAAAGUGAAAAGGAAGUAACAAUGAAUGAAAGGCUUCAUGGCACAGUUAUAGAUCAUGUGAUGGGUGGCAUUGAAGAAGUAGCUGAUCAAUUUCUCGGAAACUAUAAAAUGAGAGAUAGAUUCAGAUAUUUUAAUAACAAGUAUCUUCGACGCUACCUUACCAACCAUUCCGAAGUCAAUGAGCCAAAAAUCUUUGAAACUCACUCCAAAUUAAAUUUGAUGGAUGCAAUGAACAUGGUGAACAAUGGCUCAAAACUGACUCCGGAACCAGGUGUAUCGUUUUCAACACUUUUGAAAAACUAUACGGCAGCUAAUCUGAAUACUCUUGCUCCAGAUGAGGUGAAUAGUGUUGUGAAUCACUCGCCUCUUAUGAAUCUUGAUAUGGGAGAACUAACCUAUAAUCCCAGUUUCAAAGAUCUGAAUGAUUCGGAGAUUCAUCAUAUCUUGGAGGAUGCAAUGUUUAAGCCUAUGAAAAGGUCUCGCCGUUAUAGUCACUCACAAUUCGAUGAAAAUGAACCCAGGCACCCUCCGUUUCAUCAUCAUAUGCGUAUGCAGAUACGACGAUUAGUCAGCGAAUCUAAAAGACGCCGAAAAAAGUAUAGAACUCUGACAGUCAAUAAUGGUCCCAUGAAUGACAAUAAAAUUCAGCCAAUAAGUACAAUUUAUCUUCAUUCCGGACCAAAUCACCCACAAGUUACACUUACAACAGCAGGGGAUUCUGACAAUGACGAAGGUGGAAUUACUUUCAGUGCUACUAACGCAGCAUUUGAAGAUAUACCACCAACUGAAGAGCAUCAACGCACUUUAACUGAAACCGUUUUACCUUGGAAAAGAGAUCAGGAUGUGAACGCUAAUGAUCCAGCAAAACCUCAAGAAGAAUUUCCCACUUGGGUCAACAAUCGUGAUUACUACCCUGGGUAUUUAUCCCCCACUCCCACCUUUUUGGAAAGUAUCAAAGAUCAUCAACCAGGCGCAUCUGUCAUCACCGAUUCUAUUGAAGAAGAAGAGGAUGACUGCUUUGAGCCUGAGAUGAAGAAGCCCAAGUCUGUUGAUCCAACCAAAGCAUUUGAUGAGCACAGCUUCGGGCAAGUGGAAGAAGAUAUCAUCAAAGAAGUAAUGAAGGAAGCACAGCAAAGCAGAAGCCCAUCUAUUACUCAUGAAGAGAGAAGAAGAAUGUUCCGUAACUUGGGACGAAGAUCGCCCGAUCGAUUUUCUUUGACCAGUGUCCCUUCUGAAGAUUUUUCAAGGCCCACUUCAGAAUUGAGCAUUGAAUGCCCAGACGUCGUGUUGGAUUUAGAGAAUGAAGAAGAGAGCAAGAAUACUAAACUCUGACUUUCUUUUUCUCUCCAGUAUUAUUCUUCGUGUUUUAAGAGGGACGAGGAGACCGUGUUAUUUGAUCAGUGUAUAUUAUAUUUGUUGUAUUUGUGGUGUGACCUUCAGCUUACUGUCAGGUGUGUGUGUGGUUCCUUGUCUUGCCCCCUGUAGUAUCAUCGAAAAAAGUGUCAUGUCUCUCUGUUUCAGGAGCUUAAUGGUUCUUAAUUUUAAUUUUUUUGCAGAUAAAAGUAAUCAAAUCGAAUCUCUAACAGACAGAGAUGAAAUUUAAAUAACGCAGGUUUUAAAACAAGAUAAUUGCAUUUGUCUUCAACAGUUCCUAAAGGUCGUUAUGUAGAACUCAUUUUAGAAAUGAUUUUGCAUUUUAGGUAGUUAUGGAAAACUCCUUGCCAAAGAAACAGUAAUAGAACAAAUGAGGUUUAAUUAUUGCGGUGAUGUAUGAUAGGGAAUAAGUAGGGCAUUAUAUGACCCGAAUAUUGUCUUCCAUAUCAUAGAGGGUAGUUUAAAUUACUUGUUGAAGUUACUUUUCCUGAGUAACUCGCACAUUUAUAAAAUGGAAACCGAAACGAAGAAUAUAAGAAAAAAGAAAUGAAAAGGUUUCAAAUAUAUCAUUUUUGAAAAAAAAAAUAUUAAAAUGCAAACAAAAUCAGAACGUUACUUAUGCCUAAUUUUGUUAAUCCAUCAUUUCAAACCACCUGUUUUAUAGUGCCAUGCAUAUACAUGCACUCAUAACAUUACAUUUUUUUUCUCCUCAAAUUCCUUAUUUCCAUUUUAUAUCAUUUUCACGUAUUUAUAUAUAUAUUUUGAUAUUCAGUACUUCAUACAUUACAAAGAAUCAAUUAUAUUUUACAAGAAACAAUUUAUCAUCUUGUGCAUUAUUUAUUGUUCCAUUUUUAUCAUUUCAAAUGCAUUUAUAACAAACUCACUUUUUAGUAUAGAGCUCAUAUAAAACUCAAAUUCUCUGAGAAAUAUUUUUACCUAUUUGUAGUUAUUGAAUUUUGCAUGGAAUAUUUCUUAUGUUCUUUAAAAUAUUUAUUCAGAAUGAAGCUACUUGCAAUGAUCUUUACAUUUACAUUUACUUAUCAUUUACUUACUUUACAUUUAUUUAUCAUUAACAUCAGUAUUUUAUUUGCCAAUUUUGCUCCGACCUUUUAAAAUGACUGCAUAGUUUGACAAAAAAAAAAUUGCAAAUAAUGAACGUAAACAGUAUUAAUCUACAGCAUCUUCCACUCCGUAUUGUGAGAAACAGGCAAGCUUUCUUUAACUUUGCCUUCUCUUUCAUGGUCAGUGGUAUUUGGUGUCCCCGGCUGGUAGGGUAUGGAAGUUUGGACAUGGGGUGCAGAAUGCAGAUGUCAUUCUCUUCAUUUCACCGCUGUCCAAAUUUGCGAGAUUCGCACUAAAAAGUCUUUGUCUUACUUCAAUAUUGGAUUUAUACUAAUUAAAUUAACAGUACUCUCAGCAGGUGUUGAUAAAAUUUCAAAUUAAUGAUUCGUAUGUCGAAAAAAAAAAUGGUAAUACUACUAUCCGUUUUUAAUAUCUUAUGAUUAUUAGAAAUCAUAUAUUUUUUGCAGUCUUGAAACACAAAAUUUAUUUCAGAAAGAAAUGAACUGUCUUUAAUUAAUCUCAUCUUCUGUUUUCAAAAUAACUGACCUUGCUUUGAAGAAUAUUCUCAAACUCCCCCUUUAUUAUUUGAUUCUUCCUCAAAAAUUCUUAAAUGAAAUUUCUCCAAGAUUUAAAUCAUAAAAAAAAUAAUUAUGGUCUUAAAAAUUAAACAAAAAUCUUUAAGAAAUUAAGUCUUUGUUUAAUGUAAAAAUUCUGACGUUUCUCGAACUGCAAAUAUUAAAACUGUUUUUAGUUCACAGUACGUAAAAUUAAUCCAGUUCCUUUUAUACAAAGUUUGAAAUUUUGCCAGCCUAUUGAUUGAAUCAAUAAAAAUUUUCUAAUAAAUUAAUAAGUUAUAUCCCUUUUCCACUGUUUAUAAGAUAACUUCGAAUCUUUUUUUUUAUUUGAAAAAUUGGCCAUUCUUCUGAUAGAAUUAAACAUUCUCCUUUUUACAAGUAUGGAAAUAAAUCAAAUCAGAAUCUUUACUCUUCGCAACAAAAUAUUUCGUUUUUGAGAAUGUCUUCAUUACAAUUUUAAAUAUUAAUGGUUUAAGCGAAAGGUUGAAAGAAUUACUAUAGUCUGUGCACUUUCUGUAGGCGUUUCAAGGACACUCGUUUUCCCUACUCUUCACUCUUUCUUCUUCUCCGUUGCCAUGGUUUCGAUAAAGCUUUUUUUUUUCCCACGCCAGUACGUUUUGGGAAUAACUUACCUUCGGAAUACCUUAAACAGCUGUGUAAAAAAAAAAAAAAAAAAAAAAAAAAGUGACACUAUUAUCUGCCUGAGCGUUGCAAGGCAGACAACUGGUUACGAGGUAGAAAAUGUGACCUUGAACCACCUACAGAAAAUACACAGACUAUAGCAUCAGUAUUCUAAUAAUAUAAAUAUUUAUGAGUUUCAUCAGUUCCAAAUCAUAGAUUUGUACUUUUUACAAAUCUACUUUAUUAAUAAAUCAUUGUUUCCUGUAAUAAAUACUGACGUUAUCAUUUCUGUAAUAACAAUUUUCCUGAAAUCUUUCUUUUUUCCUUUCAAGAAUUUAAAAAGAGAUUUUCAUGCAUUUAUUAUUCAUUUUUCUUGUUCUCAUUUUUGUCAUUUUCCAGCAACUUUUUUCCUUUAUAUGAUAAAUUCAUUAAUCCUAGCAUUUACCUAGAGGUACAAGAAUAGCUAAGAGAAAUUCUGCAUGAACCUUAAUUUUAACAUUUUGAGGCAAAGGUAAUUUUCUUUUCGUGUCACGGUAUGUCAUUGUGUAAAACACUUCAAAAGAUAUGCAAUGGAGUCAAUUCAGGUGGUGUCAAUCACAUGAUAAAUGUACCUAGGAAUGCCGUUUAAUAGCCACCUUGCAUUUGAUGUUAGUAGUUUGAUGUUAUGUAGUAAUUCCCUUUCAUAUUCAUAUUCGUUUCCACUCUGAAAUUAGCAGAGUGAAUUCUGAAAUAAAAAAUGGCAUUGCACUUUUGCCGUGUGUCACUUGAACAUGUAUUGACUCCAUUUCAAAUCACUAAACCAUUAGCGAAAUGAAAAACGUUUAUAAUUCACAUGUCAACUUAUAUUUUAAAAUAAAAAUGUUUCUUUCAAAUGGUUUUUCUCACUUAGGUACUUCCUGAACAUGUGAGACUGAAGCAUGUAUUCCCUUAAAUGUCUUAAUUCAUGUAUUGAUGUAUUUCUUAAAAACAUUUUUUUUUUGUCAAAGUAUUAUCGUAGCGGUUAAUAUUAUAAAUGUAAUAGAUGAUAAAAGUCAUUAAUGUUGUGCUUGCUACAGUGUAUACUUAUUGUCUUAUGUCACAGUAAAAAUAAGACAUAUUAUGGAUACUGUAAUUGAUUUUAUUUGAUGGAGUUCUAUGUCCUUCGUGUUGGAGGAGUAUUAAUAUUUAUUUCAAUAAUAUCCUAAUAAUAUGGUGAACGUAUCAAUUUAAGUAUCAUAUAUUAUAAUUAAUCAAUAUUUACUUUAAAGAACCAUUUUUUUUACAUAUAGCAGCCAUUAUUUAUUGAAAUUUACUUACAAAUUAAAAACCUUCAAUAAACUACUUAAAGAAAGGUAGAAAAACAAUUUUAUUUAAUAUGAAUGUCUUAAUGAAUAAUUUUUGUAUCAACAUAUUUUAUAUCAAAUUCUUAGUCAUGUUCAGUUCAAUGUAUUUUGAAGA